AUGGCCACUGAAGCGGGCUUCCCAUGGCAAGCGCCAUCAAGAGAUCCCGAGAAGACCGCGUUGCCAGUGCCGGAUCGCAACACCGUCCCUCAACCAACCACGCAAGAAGGAGAACCAGCAUCCCCCACCAAGACUGCGGCAUCGCAACAACAGUCCCAGUCUCGGAAGAAUAUCAACUCGCAAGGGAAGCAUCGACAUGCUGUAACCAAAGGCCCUCCACGAGCAGGUCUGUCAACUGCGCUCAACACGCAGUUGGAACCGGCCAGGGCAAAACCAACAUCGCCGCUCCCAGUUCGAACCAUUCCCCCUUGGAUAAGAGAUGCGGAUGAAGAUGAUCUGUGCGAUCCUCAAUUCCAGGGCCCCGACACCCCACACGCGGCGUUGGUUGCUCAACACCAUUACAGCUCGUCCACAGCAAGGCGGCCCAUUAUAUCAAGCAGGCAAUCUCACGAGGAGGGCUACGCUACACCGUCAGGCAAGGCCACGGCCCCGCGAACUUCGAGAUGGAUGUCCUUUGCCCAACCCAGCGCAUACCCACCAGAGAAUUUCAACAGUGAAAAGGUGGACACGGAUUGGCUCAACCAGAAUUUUACCGACUACUCCAAAACAUGGCUUGCGGACCACGACGAUGACGACGUCGAGGAUGGCAGUUCCCGCUAUCGUGCCUUUCGCCGGAAAAGACAGGUGUGGUAUAAACGCGCCCAGUUCUACAUCCUGCGAAAUCCAUUUAUUCCUCUUGCAUUCCGGUUGACAGUGUUGUCCUUUGCCCUCGUGGCUCUGGGCCUGGGGGCUUCGAUAUACCAUGAAACCGGCAAGAUCACAAAGUGCAUCAAACAGCCACCAGACCGGCGCACUCCCGAAUGUGCAGAGCGCGUCGGCGCUUCAGCCACCGACUAUUAUCGCGAUCCUUCAGGCUUGAUGGCGGUGAUAGUAGAUGCUAUUGCGAUCAUCUACACCAUAUACAUCACCUACGACGAAUACUUUUCGAAGCCUCUCGGAUUACGACGUGCAAGAGCAAAAGUCCGGCUGAUGCUGCUCGAUCUGUUCUUCAUUGUGUUUCAGUCGGCAAAUUUGAGUUUAAGUUUUGAAUCCCUGACUGUGGAUGAAGGCGCCUGCAAAACUGGCGAUUUUGUGAGGACGACCGGCAGAUUUGGGAGCAUCUGCAACAGAGCAGAGGCCCUCAGCGGUGUGUUGUUGGUGUCACUUACUGCAUGGUUAAUGACAUUUUCCAUUAGCGUCUUGAGGUAA